CUGAACAGGAGAAUCCCCACACAAACCCAAAGUACCUAGGUAGGUACGUCCUCCCCUAUCUAACGAACAAACCACUCACUCACUCACUCACUCCUAGAAAAGAAAAGAAAAGAAAAGAAAAGAAAAGAAAAAUGCCAUUCCAAUCCACAAAACCCAAAUCCCACCUCCUAAUCCCACGUAAACGUCCUCUCUCGUCUCCCUCCCACGCCCCUAUCACCACCACCACCACAGCCACAACCGCGCAACCUGUCCUCCGCUCCACAAGACAGAUGCAGUCCGAACAACGCAGGGCAUCUCCCGACCAAGAUCGGAACACGCAACCACGGCGCAUCGAGGUGGAUUUCUCUGCGGCGCCGCAGCCCUUUCUGGAUCCGGCGCUUUGGGAGCGGAUGCGGAAGGGCGAGGCGGAGGCCGGGCGGAAAAGGGAGCGGGAGCGGGAGAAAGAGAAGGAGCAAGAGAAGGAAUAUGGUGGGUUGGCUGUGAAGAGGAGGAUUGGAGGGGGGAUUCGAUAGUUGAUUUUUUUUUUUUUGUCUGUCUUGUCUUAC